GUAUACUACGGCAUUAAUAGUGCUAAAGCGCUUUGUGAAUGAGUGAAAUUGAAAAGAGCUGCUUCGUGGACUCGCCUUUCUCCGUACCUCCAUUGUCGUGGUCAUCGUUGUUACCGUCGUGGUCGUUGACGUUGACGUUGAACUCGUCUUUACCGCCUUCACACUGAGGCGGUUGUUUGUUGAUUGCAAACACUGGAAAGCAGGAUUAUAGGAACCCACCGCCAAUAUGCUCACAAGCUCACGGAUCAGUAACCUUGCCACUUCAAAGUCUCCUCCUCCUAACGGUCUUCUAUCGCAAAAUAACAGCAGCAACAGCUCACAGCAGCGCGACGCUUUGACUGCAUUAUACCACCAGAACAACCAGAGCACACAGUCAAUCUCUGCAACGCCCAACAUUCACCAUCCACAGACAAUCCAGAUCCCUAUGCUUGGCACCUUGCAGGUGCCGCAGCCCCAGCAAAAUCAAGGAGGCCAGCAGCAACAGGGUCAACUUGGCCAGCAGCAACCCCAGGGCCAGCCAGGGCAGUCCCAGGGUAUCCCACCACCACCCCCGCAGAAUGGUCAAGAUUUUAACCUCUCCAGUGUCUUGCACUUUUUGCAGACAGAAUGGCGUCGUUAUGAGCGUGAUAGAAACGAAUGGGAGAUUGAGAGAGCUGAAAUGAGGGCUCGCAUAGCUCUCCUCGAGGGCGAGCGACGCUCGUUCGAAAAUGUCAAACUCGACCUGAUGCGUCGCAUAAAAAUGCUGGAGUAUGCUCUCCGUAUGGAACGCUCAAAGCAGCUAACUGCGCCAACUGGCACCGCUCAAUCGUCAAAAUCAGCCACGCUCCAGCAGCAAGGCGCAAAAGAUGAUGUUCAGAGCCAUAAGGAUGGGAGCAGCGGCAGCUCGCCACGUAGUGACGAUUCUCCUCUGCCCUCCGAACGUGUUCCGAACGGGAGUUCCGCACCCCCAGCACGACAACCUUCAUGGCCCGGUACAAGUGCGAACUGGAGCGUAGGCCUGCCAUCCGUUGGUUCCGUCGGUAAGCCACCACCAGGACGUGACCCAAAGAGCCGCGCACGUAGCAGAGACUACCUUAAGCAAUGUCUCCAGGAAAUCUCAUAUCUCACCUCUCCGCAAGCAAUGAACCCACUCCCAAACCGUCCGCUCAUCUCGUCAGGACUCGUGAAUCCCACAGCACCCAGCCAACCCUUCGAGGCAAUCUACAAUGGUCGGCCUCGUAAAGCUUUGCCGGAAUCUGGGCCAGGGGUCACAGUUGUUACUGGACCGGGGAAUAAGGACUUCCCGAUGUUAAGUGGUGGUGUCAGUUUGAUGUCAGGCCCAGCGUCGACAGGACCAUUGGAACGAGGGAGUCCACUGAACAAUGUUGGUACGGGCAUGUUCCAGCAACAACAGCAGCAGCAGCAGCAACAGCAGAUGCAGAGUCAAGAAAGGUCACAGCCAUCUCAGCUACCCCAGCAGAUGCAGCCUCCAGCACAGCAGGCGCCCCCGCAGACAGCACCACAACCGCCUCCAGAGAAAGAGGGAGCGCCGGCUGCCGAGGCGGAGCCAUCGCGCCAUUUAACAGCGAUCUUCCGUCCCGAUGACCAGGGCGAGUGGCGAGAGAAGUUGCGGUCAUCGUACGAACAGCAUAUGAAGAUACAGCGGUGGCGCGAUGACGAGGAAGGCGAAGGCGAGGGUGAAGAGGUUGGAGAGGACGAAGAUGAGGUAGAGAGUGUAGGUGUUGGGGUUGAGGAGGGUGAAGGCGAUGGUGCAAAAAUAUGGAAGGCUAAGCGAACGUUGAGAAACCAUCUGGAUGCAGUGCGUGCACUCGCAUUCCACCCCACGGAACUAUGUCUUGCAACCGGUGGAGAUGACUGCACAGUAAAAAUCUGGCGCAUGGAUGUCGCGAACUUAGCAUCUUCUGCUGCUCGUCCCACGACUGAUUUCGAGCCCCAACUCACCCUGCGUGGUCACUCUGCCGCAAUAACACGUCUCGUGCAUUCUCCUACUAAGCACCUCAUCUACAGCGCAUCGCUCGACUCGAGCAUCCGUAUCUGGGCGCUGCCCUCGCCAUCGCACACGACAUACGCACCAUACGAUGAUACCUCUGCGCGUGGAGAGCUGGUGGGACACACUGAUGCCGUCUGGGACCUUGCCCUUGUACGGGACGAGAAUGCGUUGGUGAGCUGUGGUGCUGAGGGCUCGAUAAAGGUAUGGGAUGUAAGCGGAGCUUCAGAUGGUCGUGUGAUUUUGAAAUUGUCGUGGGGUUACUACGGCUUGGACCACGAAGGGAGCGAGGAGGAAGAAAAGGAAAAAGAGCCAGGAGCAACUGCGGUCGAGGCGAUCAAGUCUGACUUGAAAAAAGUGGCAGUAGCAUUCCAGAACGCGGUAGUAAAAGUGUUCGAUAUCGAGACUGGAAGAGAGGUGUCGAGAUUGGCGACUGAUGCUACAUAUGACGGCACGCCUGCAACUCAGGUGAACCGCAUUGUCUCCCACCCAACGAUAUCGUUCCUCGUCACUGCCCAUGAGGACAAGUUUAUCCGCAUAUUUGACAUAUUGUCAGGACAUUGCACGCACACCAUGCCUGCUCAUCUCGACGGGGUAACGUCGUUGUCGAUCGAUGCAGCCGGGUUCUCGCUUGUGUCUGGCUCGCAUGACUGCUCCAUCCGUUUCUGGGAUCUCCUCGGUUCGCGGACCUGCACACAAGAAAUCACGACACAUCGCGAAAAGGCCAAAGAGGGCGUUCUCGAGGUCGAAUUCCACCCUACGUUACCCUUCAUGGCAAGCGCAGGUGCAGACGGCGUCGUCAAGCUCUACGCAUCGUCAUAGCUUGCCCAUGAAACGACUGAAUAUGAUUGACCUUAUGAUGUUACGCAUUAUAGAUAUCUUCGUACGUAUGCACUAAGGACGGUCUUAUGUCCAAUACGCAUUGGCUCUUUUUCUUCUCGUUCUUAACAUUUUUUCCUGUAUAUUCCUUUUGUGCUGUUUGCAGGUGAUUUCUAUGUUAUCGUCGUGAUCUUGUAUUU